AUGUCUGAUGAAGUGAUUUGGCAGGUGAUUAAUCACCAAUUUUGCGCUUUCAAACUCAAGACGGAGAAACAAAAUUUCUGUCGAAAUGAAUACAACGUCAGUGGAUUAUGUACUAGACAAUCAUGUCCCCUUGCCAAUGCUCGAUAUGCCACUGUGAAAAACGUUGGCGGGAAACUAUAUCUAUAUAUGAAGACCGCUGAACGUGCUCACAUGCCGAAUAGGUGGUGGGAAAGGAUCAAGCUUUCCAAGAAUUAUAACAAAGCAUUGAAGCAAAUUGAUCAUCAUUUACAAUAUUGGCAAAAGUUUCUUCAGCAUAAAUGUAAACAGCGGUUGACGAGACUCACACAAGUUGCAAUCACAGAGAGAAGACUUGCAUUGAACGAAGAAGAAAGACAUAUGGUAGGAGUGAAACCAAAGUUGAAGAGGAGAGAAGAGAAUAGAGAAAGAAAAGCACUUGCAGCAGCCAAAAUCGAAAAAGCUAUUGAAAAAGAGUUAUUGGAAAGAUUAAAAAGUGGUGCAUAUGGCGAUAAGCCAUUGAAUGUCGAUGAAAAUGUGUGGAGAAAAGUUCUUGGUAAAGUUGGUGAGGAUGAAGAAGAGGAGGAGGAAGAGGAGGAGUUUGAUGAUGAUGAGGAUGAAGUUGAAUUGGAAAGUGGUGACGAAGACGAUAUGGGUGAAGUAGAAUACGUUGAGGAUAGUGGUGACGAUGAGUUGGUUGAUAUGGAAGAUUUAGAGCAAUGGUUGGGUGAUUCUUCUUCUGAUGAGAGCGAAGAUGAAAGCGAGGAUGAGAGUGAUGUUGAUGACAAUGGUGAAGACGAAGGUGAACUGAAGAAGAGGAAAGCAGAGGAUUCUAAGAAGCAAAAGAAAAAGAGAAAGCCUAGAGUUGAGAUUGAAUAUGAACAAGAGGAAGAGCCUUUGCAAACUAACAUUGCUAUUUGA